CGGGGGCCGCCUCCCCAGGCAGGUCGAGCUCGCCUGCUGCUUCGGGACCGCCCCCGCCGCCGUGCCCGUCGUCCCGCGCUCCAGGAAUGUUGGUUCGAUCGACAAGAUGCGGGCUUGCGAAGAACGAAUCGAGCAGCUAGUUGCGAAGCUGGAAGAUAAAGGAAUACGUAUAAAGCACUGGAGGAUUGGGGCUUUCAACCGGACGCUUUGCCCAGUGUGCAAAGAUGGGUUCAAAGAGGAACAAAGCCUCAGUGUCUUCAUCCGAAAUGAUGGUUUAAAUGCAACAUGGACUUGUUUUAGAGCGACUUGUGGCUGGAAAGGCGAUGCCCAGCCUGAUGGCGUUUCCAAGGUGUACCAACCAAAAAGGAACACGGGAAAUGAAUCUGACGCAGGAAGUGGAUCUGACCAGGAAGUCAAACCAAAUAAUGCAGUCAAGCCUUACAGGAAACUUCGUGAACAUGACAUGCAUCUCGAACCUCUUUGUGAUGAGCUCGUGACAUACUUUUCAGAAAGAAUGAUAUCUCCGGAAACACUUCGAAGGAACAAUGUAUCACAACGUAAAUGGAAUAACAAGAUUGUUAUUGCUUUCACCUACAGACGUGAUAAAGUCCUUGUUGGUUGCAAAUACAGGGAAGUGUCAAAGAAAUUUUCACAGGAACCGAAUACAGAGAAAAUUUUGUAUGGUUUGGAUGAUAUAAAACAAGCACGCGAUGUUAUCAUUGUUGAGGGCGAAAUUGAUAAACUUUCAAUGGAAGAGGCUGGCUAUCGUAACUGUGUGAGUGUGCCAGAUGGUGCACCGCCACAAGUAUCGAACAAACUCCCAGACAAAGACCAUGAUAAGAAGUAUCAAUAUCUCUGGAACUGCAAAGAGUAUCUUGACUCGGCAUCUAGAAUAAUACUGGCAACAGAUGCUGAUCCUCCAGGGCAGGCCCUUGCUGAAGAACUUGCUCGCCGGCUUGGUAAAGAAAGGUGUUGGAGGGUCAGCUGGCCAAAGAAGAACGAGACAGAAUUUUGCAAAGAUGCGAAUGAGGUACUGAUGUUCUUAGGACCACAAGCAUUGAAAAAGGUUAUAGAAGGAAUUCGUGGGGAUGAGCUUGGAAUUCCCACUGGUUGGAAAUGUAUGGAUGAGCUUUACAAGGUUGUUCCUGGGGAGUUGACUAUAGUAACAGGAGUGCCGAAUUCUGGCAAAAGUGAAUGGAUUGAUGCAUUACUGUGCAAUAUAAACAGUCAGUGUGGAUGGAAAUUUGCACUAUGCUCAAUGGAAAACAAGGUCAGAGACCAUGCCAGGAAACUAUUGGAGAAGCAUAUUAAGAAACCAUUCUUUAAUGCAAGAUAUGGGGGCUCUGUGGAAAGGAUGAGUCCAGAUGAAUUUGAAGAAGGCAAACAAUGGUUGAAUGAGACAUUCCAUCUGAUUCGGUGCGAAGAUGAUAGCCUUCCAUCCAUUAAUUGGGUUCUUGAUCUUGCUAAAGCUGCUGUUCUAAGACAUGGAGUGCGUGGUCUUGUGAUUGAUCCUUAUAAUGAGCUCGACCAUCAGCGCUCUCCAAAUCAAAAUGAGACGGAAUAUGUCAGCCAGAUUCUUACGAAGAUUAAGCGCUUUGCUCAACAUCAUUCAUGCCAUGUAUGGUUUGUUGCGCACCCUAGGCAGCUUCACAACUGGAAUGGUGGAGCACCUAAUAUGUAUGACAUCAGUGGAAGCGCACAUUUCAUAAACAAGUGUGAUAACGGGAUUGUCAUCCACCGAAACAGGGACCCAGAUGCUGGCCCCGUUGAUGUCGUGCAGGUCUGUAUGAAGAAGGUACGGAACAAAGUGAUAGGGCAAAUAGGAGAUGCUUUCUUGACGUACGACCGGGUUACUGGUGUAUACAAGGAGGCUGAUGAAGACAUUGUAGCGAAGGUCGUCAAGCAGCAGAUGAGGCAGAAACAGCAAAGUCAACACCAACACCGUUGAUUUGCUUUAAUCACUGCCCGAACAGUUGACAUGAGCGAGAUAACAUGGCUACUCCUGUGGGUGCCAUGUCGCAGCAUAUAUCGAGCCAAUUGACGAAUGACUUCAUCAUGCAUCAGAGCUGACUGCUAUCCAAUUCUUGAUCGAUACUGGCGUCCUCCUGAAUUGGAUUUCUCACAUCAGGUGUCUCCCUGCUCCUGACUCCUGAUGCACACGUGCGGUUGAACAUCAGCCUUACUAAGAUAGCCACAUGGCAUA